CUGAGCCUCGCCUUCAGAGGGUAUGCUUCUCUUAAUGGCAGUAUCUACGUCACCUUCCUCGUUUCACAGCAAUCAGCCGUCACCUUCGAGUUAGCAAAAGUGACGCCGAGCCAGCUUUGCCCCAGCUCCCAAAUCCAGACGAUCAGCAUCGACGUUCUAGACGGUGGCACCUCGGCCGUGUUGCACUGCACUGCGGUAUCCACCCUCCGGAGCGGCGGUACCGCUUCCACGUCCGGCUGGCCUUUUGCGUCCUCUCCGUCGUCGGCAAUCGCGAGCCCCGUCGACCCGGUGGAUUUGGCCGGUCUGCUCAGCAUGCAUAGUCCCAGUGUCUCCUGGAGCUACAUCGAGGAGGGACCCACGAAGCAGCUGAGGCGGGCUGCAACGUCAUCGGCGACUUCGGCGCCAUUCGCUCAGGCUGCAUUCUUCGCUUCGCCCGAUUCUGCCCCCUUCGUCAGCCCCGGAUACAUCGCCUACAGAGGAGGAGGGGUAAAUGACGGCAUAUUCGCGUCGCCAACCGCCUCAACCGUCCGUCUCAACGUCAGUCUGGUGAGCCAAGCCCGCGGUUUCGUCUGCUCGACUCCGGACGAGGCGGAUAACUGGCUCCUUCCGGCAGAUGAGGCCUCCCCACCGGCUCAGAGGCAGCAGCGGGUGCUGGUCACCCUA